GCUACUGCUAUCGUUCAACUCCCAGGCCGAGCCAACGUGAGACUACGAGAACUCAUGCGCUGUCGUCACGGCUCAAUGUAGCAGGCGCAGCGAGUCGGUGGCGGUCGCAGGCACAACCACAAAGUGCACCAGCACCGCGCGCACCGAUCUGGGAGCAGCUGCGAGCGUUUCACAUGGCCGAACAACGUCGCCGGCCCACCCACGCACAAGGCAAUUAUCUGUGCGAGUGAAAUACACUCAAGGGACACCACACGACCACCCACUCGUCCCACUGCUCCGGCGCGACUCCGCCUCCUCUCUCCCCGAUGGCGUCCGCCAGCAGCGCGUUCGUGAACCCGCCCCGGCUUCCCUCGCCGACACAUGGACGGAUCCACGCACGCAAGCCUUCCCGAUCGCCUACUCGGCACCAUGUCCGCCAUUCCGACGCUCUCCUACGCGAUCUCUCGCCCACCGCAACCCUUCGCGCCUUUGUGACCGACCCGAGCGAGAUGGCCGACAGCUCUGAUGCUCUGGUCGCCAGCAUCAGGUCUGCUACCAUGGCAGAGCGGAGCUUGGGUGCAAAGGCCGCGCAAACAUGUCUGGAUCUGCGCAAUUGGACAAGAGAGAUUGAGCAAUGGCAAUGGCCGAAUACCUUUGCUGCGCCAGCGGAGAGCUCCAACGAACGAUCGAGCAUUACGAAGAGCGGUACGAACGAUGCAUAUUGGGGCAGCUUGCCCGCGAGCUUGGUGCAAGAGUAUGAAGAGCGCGCGGACGAGAUUGGACAAGCCCUGGACGAGAUUGAUGUGGAAGAGCUCAAGGACUAUGUGCUGAAUUCACAUUACCGGGUUAAUUCACGACCGCCAUCACGUCUCGAUGGCGCUGGCGAACAUGAUCUACAUACAACGACAGACUUGAAGAAAUUGGAUGACUUCACAGCUCUGGUGACUGCCACUAUUUUGCAGGCGUUACCCUUUCUCACACGGUUGAACCGACUACUUGAUGUUUGGACGAUACGACUUAUAAUACUUCGGAGCGCCCCGCGCUUCAUUGACGAUCUGAGACGAGCCAAAUUAGAGCUGAAGAAUUGCUGGGCGGCAGUCUCAAGUUCACCUGACAACACCACGACUGGUGUGGACAGCACAAACUUCACACGCGCAACGAUGAAAGCGAUGCAGUCAAGUCUUGAGCAACAAAUCGGCAGGUUAGGGAAACGACUGGAUCGAUUCUUGGAUAACCUGGAGGGAAGGAGUGAUUGUGUACCUGAUGAAUGGAUCGAUGAUUUUGAGUCCCUUGAAGCCGAGUACGGGUCGUUCGUCGUGCAGGCGGAGCGGACUGUCAACGAGAAUGAGUGGCGACAACAACGCCAAUCCAUCCACUCACGUAGCGAGAAAGCACUCGCUCCGACUGCGAUUAAGAGCUCCAACGGCACGCUUGCGGUAUCGGAAACAGAAGACCCAUUGUCUGACGAUGAUGCGAUCCGAAGGCCGUCUCAGAGCAUUCGGUCGAGUGUCGAUGAGUCUCAGCUGGCCGAAUUGUCCGUUGAUACAAGUACUCCGACCAGCAUUCCUUUCGCUUCGGAGGUUGUCGAGCUGAGCGCGAAUGAGCCAUGGGCUACCGGUAAUCGAUCUGUAUCAGCACCACUAAAAGUUAUGCCACAGUCGCAGCUCUCGUCCGCGACUGACAGUAACAGCGGUGGUCUGUCAAGGUCAGCGUCAACGAACGAUCGAGAAAAGGAAGAGACUUCAGGCUCUGAGGCAGCAAAGCGAGCAGCAUUCCUGCGGGACAUUGAGCGCAAUCAGUCACUUAACAAGUCGACUCAGAGUCCAGUGCGGCCGUUUGAGCGCGCUAGCAAUGCGUUCACGCGGCUGUUCAAGAAGGACAAGAAUACGGAAGAAGUGCCCCUCUCACGAUCUGGGAGCAGACUGGCUAACGGCAGGAAUUCGUCAGCCGAGCGUGCGGCCUUGUCUCCAGUCUCUUUCGCCAGUUCCAGAUUCAAUUCUGUCAGCCCGACCAUGUCCACACAAUCUGGCGCCAAUUCUUCCAAGAGCUCCGUGAAUGAGACGGAGAGUUCAGACACCAGCAGAUCCACUGCUAAGCGGUCAGAUCAUUCCGCUCACGGCAAUUCACAGAACGCGAGCCAUGCGCGAUGGGCGAUGACCACCUCUGGCGCGGAACAGUCAAUACCGCAUCAAAAAUCCAGCAGUAGCUUCGAGUCGCCGCAGGAUGGAUCACGUCAAGAAGAGUUCCCGGACGGCUGGCCGCUAUCUCACACUGAGCCACGACAGCAACCUUCAUCGGCCGAACCAACGCAAGCUCGCAACGUGGCCCAGCCCAUGGCGGCUAUGGCUGUGAUGAACACUGAUGACUUCGACAAGACCUUCGUACAGAGUUUUGCCCCUCACACAUCGGGCAAGCCAAAAGACUCAGAGCAUAGCAGCAGCAGCACUAGGCGUGCCUCGCUAGCUCCGCCUUCAGAAUCUCCAGAUCUCCUGCCUGAUGAAACGCCAGAAACUCCGCAGUGGGCACCUGUGACCAGAGACGAACGGAGAGCAUCAACGUCUCCGUCAAGGCCACGGACCGCACCAUCGCAACCGGAAUUGCAGUCAGUCCCAGGAGCGAAGUCAUCACUAGUGGAUGCUGAGACUAGCGAUGUAGAAGCUGGGAGCAUAUACAAGGUCAAGCGUGCUUCGAUCGCUUCAAUCGAAGCGUUCUCUCGUUCUGAACUCAAAAGCAUUGACGUACCGAAGAGUUCCCGUCACAGCAGCGUCUCGUCACGCCGAUCGCCUUCUCGAACACCAGUCAGCAUGUCCCGGAGGGCAUCAGCGAUUGCGGACGAAGGCAAGAGAGCUUCUGUGGACAAUGGCGCUGUAGCACUUGGCCCGCCUAUCCCACCAACGCCCCCACCACGACGCUCUAGCCUGCCGAGUCACCCAUCGCCGUCGUCAAACCAAGCCACACCGGAGAUCAGUCGCUCGAGCCCAGUAGCGGAACAGCCUCCGGAGUCCCCGUUGGCUCCUCUGAAUGUGGCAAUGAAGAAGCUGCGUGGUAACAAGAAUACCCGGCGUGAGAGUGCGGCUUCUGCACCGGAUCACAGCCCGGUAGGGUCACCAUCGAUGCCACCCGUUCUUGCAGACUCAUUCGAUCGUCACGUUUCCGAGGUCUUAGAGACGCUCCCUGCCUCGAUCCGUUUCAAGUCUAGAGCAGGUGCGGAAACUCCGGUCAGCCGUCCCCGUGGUUACAGCGGCCCACGACCCAAAGCAUCGACACUGCGUGUAGUCCCCAAGGGUGAGCAGAUGACGAUUGCUCCUGUAGAUGGGUCUCCCCGCAAGGCCAGAUCAGCUGCAGAACCGGAGGUGAAGCUCUACCACCUCACUCAUAGUGGACGAGAGGAUCCGAUCAAGCUCUUUGUGCGCUUGGUAGGCGAGGGCGAGCGCGUGAUGGUGCGUGUUGGCGGAGGUUGGGCCGACCUUGCAGAUUACCUCCGGGAUUUUGCCAACCAUCACGGCAGUCGUACUGUGUCAGAAGGCAAUCUCGAAGUCGCAGCGUUGCCCACUGUGCCUGGAAGUUUGCGCAAGUCUAGUAACCCUGCGGAAUAUAUCAGAGCCAAGACGCCAACGCCUAUGACACCGCGAGAAUCGUACCGGCCUGGCAGCAGUGACGACGACGAAAUGCCGUUGAAGCGCCCACCUCUCGACUCACGGGAGACUGCGAGCAGUCUCUCUGCUACGUCACCUUUUGGCGGAGACCACCCGGCCACGACGCCAAAGUCGUCGAAAUCAAGCUCAUCAGGCUCACGUCCCUCGACCGCUGGCGCCUCUAGACCGUCUAGCAGACAGACUCAGGCUCCCAUGUCAGGCGAUGUCGGCCUUUCUGGGCCCUCGAGUGCAACGAAACGAGGUGGUCUUCCAGCAGAUAAGGAACGGUGGGUGGAGGGCAUGAUUGAACGAGCGAAGAAGAGUGCCAGCGCUGAGAAGAGCAAGGAAGAGAAGGAGAAGUAUUUCGGUGAGCUAGGCAAAGCAGGCGGCACCCGACGAGUAAUUUUCAGGUCGGGCAGUGGAACUGGUCCUUUUCAGGAUCGCACGAACAGAUGAAGAGCAGGCGUACAUGAAACGCAGCCGCGAUGACGGAGGGUGUGUACAGCUUAGAUUUGUACAUUACGGUGAGGGGAGCUUGAACAUUGAGAACCACAGGACUAUGAACACGAUGCAGAUGGCUUGCAGCAAGCAGCAAAGGCGCACUUUAGAUACCCCGAACGAGACGAUAAACACAAGCUUGAAGAUGUGCCGGAUUACUGUCUUGUUAAGGUGGGUUUCUCACGCUGCCUGUCGUCUGAAGUUGCCACUUCACUCUAUACGCGUUGCCGUCGACUGUGUCUGCAAUGGUGGAGAGGGGGGAUCUGGGACAAUACUCACGUACACAAAGGCC